CCAUGUAGAUUUAAUUGUAAUUGUAUUUCCUUCGGGGCGCUAAACUAUACUUUUUCUCUCCUUGGUGCCUGCAAAGCAGUUCCAUGAGAAGAAUGAAUAGAAAACUGAGGGAGUAAGAGGAUGCUUACUGUUCGAAAUACUGAGAAUAUUCUGAGCCAGUGAGGUUACAGGAACAUGAGAAGUAAACCUUGGGUUCACUGCUACUAAAACCGCAGUACUACUAGUUGUAGUCAUCAUUAGUUAGUAAGUUAGAACUAAACUUUAGUACAGGUAACUAAACUUCAGUACAAGUCUAGUCCCAUAAAGCUAAUAAUUAAGUAAAUAGAGUGUUAGCUAGGUUGCAUAUACUUCCUUGGUAGAAUAAGUUCUCACAAAUACUAUUUUAAUCAAUAAUAAAUGAGCAUGUCUCUUGGUUCAAGGAAUGCCUUCUCCUUUUGGAAUGCCUAUAUAAGCUCAGUUCGCAAUAACAAGUCAAGCUCGGGAAUUCCAGGCAUCAAGAGGCCUUCCACUUUAAAUGCAUAAUAGUUUGCAGUCAAGCUUUAUUAUCCACAGAUCUUGAAGGCUGUAUGAAUGAUCCUAUCUGGUUAGCAGAUGGAGCAAUCAAGAAGAUCGAUAUUCGGAAGACUGUCAUUUCGUAGAAGACGCCCUUUGGCGGCCUACGCAGCAAAUGACAGAAUCGAAGAGAUCGGCGAUCGAAAGCCCGCCGAGUUAUACAAGGAGAAUUUAGAGGUCUCGAAAUGUUGUCGCCCUUUGGAAUUACCAAGUAGUCCUCAGAAGGCAAUGGAGUUCCUCUCCAGGACUUGGAGCCCUUCUUCUUAUGACUUCUUUCAAUUACUUUCUUCGAAUAGUGCAAUGCCAUGCUGUGAAGAUGGAAGACCAGAAGAAAAUAGUGAUGGGGAAGAAGAGCAAUUAAAGAAGAACAAGGUCAAUCUCAAUGCAGGUUCUACACAGAGAGUAGACCAAAUAUGGACAGUGCAUUCAAGAGGGAAGGCUCAGCAUUCAGCUCCUCAAAAGCACAAAAUAAUCCACACUGAUUGGCUUAACAUAGAGCAAAUGAAAUCAUGGCUUAAAGGGGGAGUGCUUCUAACCGGCUUUUCUAGAGGAUACAGAAGAAGGAAGAAAGAAGAAGUAAGACUGCAUGUAGCUCAAGUCCAUGCUGCACUUUCUGUCGCAAGACUGGCUGCAGCAGUCGCUGGGAUAGUGGCAAAUUGUAGUAUGGAACCGGUGAACUCAAACAGUUUGCUUAUGGCAAGAAAUGGCGGGGGAGGGGACUGGGACAAAAUGAGCACAGUGGUCGCUUCUGCUGCCGCCUUAAUUGCUACCGUGUGCGCCGAGGCAGCUGAGUCAGUCGGAGCGGCUCGAGCCCAUGUUGCAUCAGUUGUCAACACGGGUCUAGAAACUCAAACCGCAACCGAUGUCCUCACAUUGACUGCAGCUGCUGCAACAUGCUUAAGAGGAGCUGCAGCACUUGAACCGAGGACAACUAGUAGGAGUUAUGCCUCAGAGGACCGUAAAAUCCUUCAGAGAGGUGCUCGACUUCCCGUUCGAACACCGGAGGGGAGGGUCCAACUAAGGAUGGUAUCAAUAUACCUCAAGAAUGAUAGAGUGAUGUUGAGGUUGGGGAAGAAACAUCUACAUGGUGCUUUUACCACGUAUGAGGAGUUGUGGUAUCAUAUUGGGCUAGUGGUCUUCUUGAUCCAUUAAUUGAGGUAGUGAGUUCCAAAUCAAUGGAUCUCGCUAUUUCGUUACAUAGUAUCAAAGCCUCGACAGAUGUGACGGUGCAUUGCAAGACUUCCCUUAGAGAAGAAGACGGCAUGGAAGAUGGAGGCAAGUGGUUGAGUUGUUAGACUCGGGGUGGAGAUUCUCGUCCAAUCCAACUACAAAGUUUGGAAGUCGUGUUUGGAGUCAUACCUCAUUGGUGUAGACCUUUGGGAUGUCGUCGGUGAUGGAUUUUGAUAGGCUCCAGCAAAUACUCUUGAGAACAGGGAGGCCUUGAAGAGAUUGAGGACUUUAAAUGUGAAGGUAGAGUUUAUCUUGAAGUGGUCCAUCUCUCAUGACUUGUUCGAGCACAUUAUUGAGUGCAAGUUAGCGCGAGAAAUUUAGGAGACUCUAGACGGGUUGAUGAAUAAAAAGAAUAGUGCUUGGCUACAACUACUUGAGAAUGAAUUAGCUAAUAGCAUUCAAGGUGAUCUCUCUAUCUCCCAAUAUUUCUUAAAGGUCAAAAAUCUUUGUUCGGAAAUUUUGGUGUUGGAUCCAAACGAGCUUAUUUCGGAGGCGCGGCGCGGAUGAAACAUUACAUUAUCCGCGGUCUCAACAAGAUAUGUUAUCUUAGGGGUGGCAACGAUAACCUUCUUUGGUAGAGUUUGAGAACUCUCUUACUUCACAAGAGUCCCUCUCCCUCAACAAAUGGUUGGGUGUUUUGUUUCGGGGGGCAAUGGGGACGUCUUGUUUGUCGGAAAUAAGAAAGGUCACAACAAAGAGGAGAAGAAGAAAGAUCAGAAGAAAGAUAGAGAGUUUACUUCUAAUGGCGAGAGGAAGUGGAAGAAAGUGAUCAAGUGCUAUCAAUAUGGCAAGCUAGGCCAUAUCAAGAAGAACUCCGAGUCAAGUUGAAGGAAAAAACGUUGCCAACAAAUGUACCGGCUCUCAUGAAGUGGAAGAUUAGGGAAAUUGCUUCAUGGCGGAGACUUCUACUAUUGGAGCUUCAACUUCUAUUAGUUAUGAAGAAGAUUGGAUCGUGGAUUCCUGAUGCGGUCAUUAUCUUACCGGCAACGACUCUAAGUUCUUUAGCUUUCGACGACAUGAAGGUAAUGAUGCUAUUAUUACAAUGGAUAACACAAUUCACUCAGCGGAACUUGAAGUUCCUAUUACUAUUAAAGGCAGCAAAGACGGCAAUCCUAUCACUCUCAAUAGCGUCUAUCAUGUGCCUGGGAUGAAGAAGAACCUUUUCUCCACUGCAAAUGUUGUGGACGCGGGACACUACGUCUUGUUCGGGCCUAAAGAUGUGAAGUUUCUAAAGAACAUCACCAACUUGCAAGCGGAAGUAGUUCAUAUCGGUGCAAGUGUAAAUAAUUCAUUUGUUUUA